AACUACAGUUUAUGUACAAGUUGAUAAGAGUUAACCUCUUUAAGGAAGUUAGCUAGAACAUUUCAAGUGUUGAGCCUGUUGUGGCAUAAAACACUUGAGUGAAUGAGUCUGUUUCUAUAGCAAAUCGAUCCCAGGCUCAAACUUGUUUACCCAAAAAUUCCACCUCCCAUCCCCGCUGCUGCUUCGUGUCCCAAUGAGCUCAAAAAGUGGGAAAAAAAAAGAAACAAAAAUUCAUUCGCUGAUUAGAAAAACAUCUUGGCCCGUUAUGAAAGGGCAACUAAAACUCCUUGAGAGCUCCACAUACAAGGAAAGAAGAGUUGCUGUAUUUUUCUAUCAAACACCCUACACAACCACUGUAAUGAAACUGGAAGAACAACGGAACAAUCAAGUCACACGGAAGAAAAGAACUAUAUAUUUACCAUUCAUAAUCAACUCCAUUGCCCUAACAGUAGCUUCUGAUUCCUAAUUUGAUUCCAUUUAAUCAGAAAGGAGUAGCCGAAGAACAAAGACACUCAAUCGCAAUGCUGCAGACUUGCUCAAAACUGAUCCUUAGACACUCAAAACCGCGUCUCCUCCUCAAUCUCCAUUCAAUCACGAAAACCCUAACCACCGCGUCUUCCUCCCGCGACGAGUACUUCGCAGUAAUCCACCACGUGUCGAACAUCGUGCGGCGCGACUUCUACCUGGAACGCACCCUCAACAAGCUCCGCAUCACCGUAACCCCCGAGCUCGUCUUCCGUGUCCUUCGCGCGUGUUCCAACAAUCCCACUGAGUCUCUCCGCUUCUUCAACUGGGCACGAACCCACCCCUCCUACUCUCCAACCUCCCUCGAAUUCGAACAAAUCGUCACCACCCUCGCCCGCGCCAACACCUACCAGUCCAUGUGGGCCCUCAUCCGCCAAGUCACCCUCCACCACCGUCUCUCCCUCUCCCCCUCCGCCGUCGCCUCCGUCAUCGAGGCCUACGGCGACAACCGCCACGUCGACCAAUCCGUCCAGGUCUUCAACAAAUCCCCCCUCCUCCUCAACUGCCCUCAGACCCUCCCUCUCUACAACGCCCUCCUCAGGUCUCUCUGCCACAACAAACUCUUCCACGGCGCCUACGCCCUCGUCCGCCGCAUGCUCCGCAAGGGCCUCCGUCCGGACAAAACCACCUACGCGGUCCUCGUCAACGCCUGGUGCUCCAACGGGAAACUCCGCGAGGCCAAGCUCUUCCUUGAGGAAAUGAGCGAGAAAGGCUUCAACCCUCCCGUCCGCGGCCGCGACCUUCUAGUCGAAGGCCUGCUCAAUGCCGGCUACGUGGAAUCCGCCAAGGGAAUGGUGAGGAACAUGAUCAAGCAAGGGAGUGUUCCUGAUGUUGGAACCUUCAAUGCUGUGGUGGAGACAGUUUCUAAAGAGGACGUUCAGUUCUGUGUUGGUCUUUAUCAUGAAGUGUGUGCUUUGGGGAUGGCUCCUGAUGUUAACACUUAUAAGAUUCUUGUUCCCGCGGUUUCAAAGAGUGGGAUGGUUGAUGAGGCAUUUAGGUUGUUGAAUAAUUUCAUUGAGGAUGGCCACAAGCCCUUUCCGAGCUUGUAUGCGCCCGUUAUUAAGGCUUUGUGUAGGAGGGGCCAGUUUGAUGAUGCUUUUUGCUUCUUUGGGGAUAUGAAGGCCAAGGCCCAUCCUCCUAAUCGGCCUCUUUAUACUAUGCUGAUUACCAUGUGUGGUCGCGCUGGCAAGUUUGUUGAGGCCGCGAAUUAUAUCUUUGAAAUGACAGAGAUGGGGUUGGUCCCCAUUUCGCGAUGUUUUGACAUGGUUACUGAUGGAUUGAAGAACUGUGGCAAGCAUGAUUUGGCUAGGAGAGUGCAGGAAUUGGAAGUUUCUAUCCGCGGUGUUUGAUGCCCGAUGUCUGUGCUGCUGUCAUUAUUGCCCAUACAAAGCCAGUUACAAGCUCAAAAAUUCCUCUACAGAAAUUGAAUAUAGGGGAAGAAAGCUUUUUCCUAUGGAAACUCAUUUAUAUGUUCAGUCUCACAUAAGGAUGAUGAACUUUUCUGCACUUCUGGGUUUGAACCUGCUUGGCCGCCGCAGUUUUUCACUGAAUGAUGGUAACAAUGCCUGGAAGGAGCCUGAAUUGCAGAUGAAGACCCUAUAUUUCAAUGUUCAUACUCAGACGUGAGUGUUUUAUCCUGGGAGUACUCUGAUGGAAAAGCUUGUAUGGAUUGGCAGCUUUUGUAUAUAUAUUAUCUUCGGAAAUCCACAGCAUGUGGAAGGUAUCCUUAUGCCUGUCAAUUGAAAAUGUGUUUUUGUUUCACACGUCUUUAUUAUACAGAAUUGCAGAUUGAAUUGUCCCAUCUGCUUUUUAUUUUUGGUCAACUCUUCAGAAAUCUCAACAGGUUCAUGUUGUAGAGUAAGAAAAGAUCGCAUGUUGGUUCUGAAGCAGCAACUCCAAUGUUAAUUCUUGCUUUGUUUCUCUUUUGAGUAUUUGUAAAUGAAAGGAAAAUUUUGUUCGUAUUUUACACGCAAUUAAGCAUGCAUAUCCACAAAUUCUACUUCUCAUAUUA